AUGUCGCUCCCCGCCGGUGUCACCAUCACCCUCCCCAUCCCCUCGGGUGCUGAGAAGAUCCUCACCCCCGAGGCCGUCCAGUUCCUCACCGUCCUCCACCGCACCUUUGACAAGCGUCGUCUCCAGCUCCUCGAGAACCGCAAGAAGGUCCAGGCCGAGCUCGACAAGGGCAAGCCCCUCAACUUCCUCCCCGAGACUGCCAACAUUCGCGCAGAGGCUUCGUGGGCAUGCGCUCCCCCCGCACCUGGUCUCGAGGACCGUCGCGUCGAGAUCACCGGCCCCACCGACCGCAAGAUGGUCAUCAACGCGCUCAACUCGGGUGCCAAGACGUUCAUGGCCGACUUUGAGGACUCGAACUCGCCCACCUGGGACAACAUGGUCCUCGGCCAGGUCAACCUCUACGACGCGGUCCGCAACCAGAUCGACUCGGUGAUCGGCGGCAAGGAGUACAAGCUCAAGCCCAAGCACGCCGUCCUGCUCGUGCGCCCCCGUGGCUGGCACCUCGAGGAGACCCGUUUCCUCGUCGACGGCGCCCCCAUGUCCGGUGGUCUCUUCGACUUUGGUCUCUACUUCUUCCACAACGCCAAGGAGGCCAUCGCCCGCGGCUUUGGCCCAUACUUUUACCUCCCCAAGAUGGAGCACCACCUCGAGGCACGUCUCUGGAACGACGCCUUCAACCUCGCCACUUCGUACAUUGGCGCGCCCCAGGGCUGCAUCCGCGGCACCGUCCUCAUCGAGACCCUCCCGGCCGCCUUCCAGAUGGAGGAGAUUCUCUACGAGCUCCGCGAGCACUCGUCGGGCCUCAACUGCGGUCGCUGGGACUACAUUUUCUCGUUUAUCAAGCGCCAGCGUGCCCUCCGCUCGGCCGUUUUCCCCGACCGCACCGACGUCACCAUGACCGUCCCCUUCAUGUCCGCCUAUGUCUCCCUUCUCGUCCAGACCUGCCACAAGCGCAAGGUCGCAGCCAUGGGCGGCAUGUCGGCCCAGAUCCCCAUCAAGAACGACCCCAAGGCCAACGACGCCGUCAUGGACAAGGUCCGUGCCGACAAGCUCCGCGAGGUCACCGCCGGACACGACGGUACUUGGGUUGCCCACCCGGCUCUCGUCCCCAUCGCCAUGGCCAUCUUUGACGAGCACAUGAAGGGCCCCAACCAGUACUUUGUCCGUCGCGAGGAAGUUAGCGUUACCGCCAAGCAAAUUGCCGACCCGAAAGUCCCCGGUCAAGUCACCGACGUCGGUGUCCGCGAGAAUGUCUCCGCCGCGCUUUCUUACUGCGCUGCUUGGAUCUCUGGCAACGGUUGCGUGCCCAUCAACAACUUGAUGGAAGAUGCCGCAACGGCGGAAAUCGCUAGAGUCCAGCUGUGGCAGUGGGUCAAGUACGGCUCGAAGACCAGCUCCGGCAAGCAGAUCACCCCGGCGUACCUCAAGCCUAUUUUUGCUGAGGAGUCUGCCAAGGUCGCGUCUAUCAAGGGCAUCUCUGCCGACCACGUGCGCAUCUCGUCCGACUACAUGCUUGCCCAGGUCCAGGCUCAGUGGCCCAGCGAGUUCUUGACGAGCGACCUCCAGGGCCACCUUGCCGGCGGCUCGGUUGUCCGCAAGGCCGGUCUCUAA